UUUGGUUUAAUUAGAUGAUUAAGCCUCCGUCACCAAUUUUCACAUUUUUUGGAAUCGAAGGAGGUGCCACGUGUUCAUGUCUAAACAAUGGUCAAUUGCUGGUUGGAAGCCAAAAUGGAAUGGUUCAAGCUUUUGGAUUGGAGAGCAAGAUUAUGGAGCACAUUGUUUAUGUUGACGAAGAAGAGCGUAGAAUUCAAUCAAUUGAAAUUUCUGGUAAUGAUACGUUUGUCUAUAUUCGUAGUUAUGCAGUACUUCAAUUAAGGAAACCCGAAAUGAGCAAAUCCACGUGGAAAGUUAUCAGAACGAUCGAAGUUGAUCACGUUGGAUUCUGUAAUUUCUUAAUUCUUCAAUCUCAACUUCUUUUCGCUUCAACUGAUGAUAAACGAUAUGCAAAGUUGUGUUGGACUGAAAUUAAAGAUGAGAGUAUUCCAACAAAAUCGAAUCGAAUUCUGGAUGAAGCGGAUGUUAAUCCAAUGUGUAUGUUAGUAGGAGAAGAAAAAGAAAAUGAAGUUUUGAUUGGUAUGGAAGAUGGAAGAUUAGCUAUAUGUUAUGGAGAUAAUGGGAUGUUCGAAUGUCAGGCAAAGCAAAAACUGGGCCGUGAUCCGAUCUUCUGCAUCGCAAGUAGUUCAAAAUGGGUGGCCGCAGGAUGUGCAAGAGCUCCGAUUUAUUUGCUUAAUAGAUAUGAUCUGUCAAAACAAGAGAUACCGUAUCCCCCAGAUGCUGCUGGCUGCUCGGCAAUCUCAUUCUCCCCGAAUUCGAAGCAAAUUAUUGCUGGAUUCUGGGAUGGUUCGAUCCGUGUAUUCUCUCGUCAUCGUCUAAAUGUUCUACUUGCUCUCACAAAUGCUCACUCUUCAACAAUUUCUUCCAUAAUUUGGUUACCUCCAGAACAAGGAGAAAUUGUGAUUGCCACGUCAUCGGAUUCUACCGUUUCUUUGUGGAAAUUGAAAUGAUAUACAUAACAUACAAUAAAGUUAUAAAAAUAAAUGUUUCAUUUUCG